UUGCAGGAAGUGAUCGUGGGACGGGUUGAGGGAGCUACCGUGCCAAAGCUCACUAUUGAAGUACAAGCAUGCAUUGAAAAAGAACUGUGGCCCUUCUAUAGGCAGUUUGGUGGGAAGCCUUACCAACCAGACAUUCUGCAAAAGGCAGCGGCUGAAAUCGAGGAAUUGUGUCGAAUACUAGAGGGAGAGGGUGUGACUGUCUGCAGACCUGACGUUGUGGAUUUCUCUAAGGAUUACAAGACACCCGACUUUGAAGUUCCUAGUGGGAUGUAUGCAGCAAUGCCACGUGACAUCCUGAUGGUUGUUGGGAAUGAGAUUAUUGAGACACCAAUGGCCUGGCGCUCCCGGUUCUUUGAGUACACGGCCUACAGGUCUCUUUUAAAGGAAUAUUUUAAGCGAGGAGCAAAGUGGACGACACCUCCCAAGCCGCAGAUGGGCGAACAACUCUAUGACAAUUCUUUUUUCAAGGAGGAGUAUAAUGGCAAGUAUAUCACCACUGAAUUUGAACCCUGCUUUGAUGCUGCAGACUUCAUGCGAGCUGGGAAAGAUUUAUUUGUCCAGAGAAGCCAUGUAUAUAUACUUGUAGAAGCACACGAAAUAGUAACAAAUAUGUUUGGAAUUCAGUGGAUGAAGCGCCAUCUUGGAGACAAGUACAACAUUCAUGUCCUAAGUUUCGAUGAUAAACGUCCAAUGCACAUCGAUGCGACAUUCACCAUGAUAGGACCUGGGCUGAUCAUUGCUAACCCAGACAAACCUUGCCACCAACUCAGUAUGUUUGAAAAGGCUGGAUGGAAGAUAGUCGAGGUACCACGGUCUGUAGUAUCCGACCAACCUCCGUGGUGGAUGAGUUCCAAGUGGCUCUCAAUGAAUGUCCUCAUGCUGGAUCCAAAGAGGGUUCUGGUGUCAUCCAUAGAGAUCCCCACUCAGAAGAUGUUUGAGAAACUAGGCAUCGAAUGCAUCAAGGUGGAUAUGAGCUAUGCCAAUGCACUUGGAGGGGGUUUCCACUGCUACACUACUGAUGUCCGCCGCAGAGGGACUCUUGAGUCCUACUUCUGACACGCACUGUGUAUAGUAAUAAAUUUUUACUCUCUGAGAUCAUAGCUGGUGCUAUAAUCACCGUAUAUUCAAGUUUGCCAGUAAUAUCACGUGUUUCAAACGUGUGAUUGAUUCAGAAGAUGAAGAACUCCAAUUUUGGAAGCAUAGUAGCUAAC